CGGGGGGUCUAAUAAUUCUCAACUUGCAUUGAGGAAUAUAAUUUUGCAAAGAAGCAUUUUCGAGAGGGGGGAAAGACCAGCCCACCCCUCCCCAGAAGACGGCGUGAGACCCAGAAGGCUGCAAAGUUUCUUUGCAUUUUUUUUCUUCCCCGAUUUUGUGCAAAGCCAGAAAACAGAAGAAAGGCAGGUGCAAGGCGAUUUUUUAGGCCAGGAAGGGGGGGGCGGGCCGGAGGAGGAGGUGGUUAUAUUCGGGACUCUCGGGGCAAAGGCCCAGCCCAAAAAGUGAAGAAAAGAGAAGAGGAGGACAACCAGUCUAGGAGACUCAGAAGAUGCCCCGGCGGAAGGCAGAUGGAGCCAGCUCCGGGAAUGGCACCGGUGCAGCUCGCAAACGGGCUGGCACGGGACGCGGGGCCCCGCUGACAGCCAAGAAGAAGAACCGCAGUGGUGGGGGUAGCAGCAGCGGCAGCAGCAACAACGGGGGAGGGGGCAGCAGCGGAGAGGAGCAGGAUGGGCUGGCAUUGCCCCUGCCCUCGGCCCCCGGAGGGAGCAAGAAGGCACCCCGGCCUGGAGGCGGGCGAGGGGCUGGAGAACAGCAGAGUCCACCUGGCUUGCAGCCGCCCCAGGCCGCCGUGGUGGUCAGCGAGCCGGAGCACACCAAGGAACGCAUUAAACUUGAAGGCUCGAAAUGUAAAGGUCAGCUUCUGAUAUUUGGGGCCACAAACUGGGACUUGAUUGGCCGGAAGGAAGUGCCAAAGCAGCAAGCCGCUUACCGCAACCUUGGCCAAAACCUGUGGGGACCGCACAGGUAUGGAUGUCUCUCAGGAGUCCAAGUCCGGACAGUAAUUUCGGGGCCGUGUGCCGCCCACAGCCUCUUCAUCUCCGUCGAGGGGAAGCUCUGGAGCUGGGGACGGAACGACAAAGGACAGCUGGGCCACGGAGAUACCAAGCGCGUGGAUGCCCCCAAGCCCAUCGAGGUGCUGAGCAGCGAGAUGGUCGUUUCGGCAGCGUGUGGACGCAACCACACCCUGGCCCUGACAGAGAAUGGGUCUGUCUUUGCCUUUGGAGAGAACAAGAUGGGGCAGCUAGGCUUGGGAAACCAGACAGAUGCCGUUCCCAGCCCCACACAGAUCAUGUACAACGGCCAGCCGAUCACCAAGGUGGCUUGCGGUGCGGAAUUCAGCAUGAUCAUGGAUUGUAAAGGGAAUCUCUACUCAUUUGGUUGUCCUGAAUAUGGACAGCUGGGCCACAAUUCAGAUGGGAAAUUCAUUGCCCGAGCCCAGAGGAUAGAAUACGACUGCGAACUGGUUCCCCGCCGUGUUGCCAUCUUCAUCGAGAAGACCAAAGAUGGUCAGAUCCUGCCCGUCCCAAACAUCGUUGUGAGAGAUGUGGCUUGUGGUGCCAACCACACGCUCAUCCUGGACUCACAGAAACGCGUGUUCUCCUGGGGAUUCGGCGGUUACGGCCGAUUGGGACACGCCGAGCAGCGGGACGAGAUGGUGCCACGGUUAGUGAAGCUUUUCGACUUCCCAGGCCGUGGGGCUGCGCAGAUCUACGCAGGCUACACCUGCUCUUUCGCGGUCAGCGAAACAGGAGGCCUGUUUUUCUGGGGAGCAACGAACACUUCCCGGGAGUCAACAAUGUACCCCAAAACUGUGCAGGAUCUAUGUGGCUGGAAGAUCCGUAGUUUGUCUUGUGGGAAGAGCAGCAUUAUAGCGGCAGCGGAUGAGAGCACAAUCAGCUGGGGGCCUUCCCCGACCUUUGGAGAGCUGGGUUACGGAGACCACAAGCCGAAGUCGUCAACUGCGGCUCAGGAGGUGAAAACGUUGGAUGGGAUUUACACAGAACAGGUAGCCAUGGGCUACGCGCACUCCCUGGCCAUUGCCCGCGAUGAGAGCGAAGCCGAAAAGGAGAAAAUCAGGAAAUUGCCAGAAUACAACCCACGCACGCUCUGACGUAGGGCGCAGACCAUUCCCCUCUACGAGGCAGCUCCCCUCCCAACUGCACUGGAACGCCGUUCGCGGAGAGAUCGCAGGCACCAACGUGCGUUUCGUUAGACUUCCUGAGAUUUUGGUUUUUAUAUGCCUUUUGAAGUUUUAACUGCCUGUUGCUCUGACUUCCUUGCCCCACUCCACCCCAUCCUUCCCCCGAGAUGGCUUGUUCUUCGUAUUUUGUAUUUCAUUUUGUUUCUGAUGGUGGUGGUGGAGGACGAUAAACUGAGGACAUCCGUUCACCCCUUUCCGGUCACCGGUCAGAUGAAAACUGGAGGGGCAUUUGUCUAUCCCCCCC